AUGCGACGCGCUAUAAGUGUGGGUCGAGAUCAAUUAAUGUCUGUAGGAGUAUGUUUUGGUAAAUUUACAAAAUCUGGGAAAUUCAAACUUCAUAUAACAGCGUUGGAUUAUUUGGCACAAUAUGCAAAGUUCAAAUUAUGGAUAAAACCCAACGGCGAAAUGCAAUUCUUGUACGGGAAUCAUAUUGCAAAAGCACACGUUGGAAGAAUAUCCGAGGAUGUGCCGGAGCAUCAAGGAAUUGUGAUAUUUUCUAUGGCUGAUGUUCCUCUGGGAUUUGGGGUCACAGCACGAUCUACAGUUGAUAUACGUAAACUGCAACCAACUGAUAUUGUUGUAUUUCAUCAGGCGGAUGUUGGGGAAUAUUUGCGUGAACAGGAUACUUUGUUUUGA